AGUAGUAUAUUAGCAGGCCAAAGUUGUAUAUACAGAUCAAAGAGAGAUGGAAUGGAGAAAAUGUUAUCUGGAUGUGAUUCUGGUACCGCUAGGGUUUUUGAUUACCAGUGGUUAUCAUAUCUGGUUAUGGCAUAAGGUUCGCAAACAACCAUUCACGACUAUCAUCGGAACAAAUGCUGCCGGACGACGUUUUUGGGUCUCGGCCAUGAUGAAGGACAAUGACAAGAAGAACAUCUUAGCGGUCCAAUCGCUAAGGAACACAAUAAUGGGAUCAACCCUAAUGGCCACUACAUCGAUUCUCCUCUGCACUGGUCUGGCUGCCGUCAUAAGCAGCACAUAUAGCGUGAAGAAACCGCUGGACGACACUGUUUAUGGGGGACAUGGGGAAUUCAUGUUGGCUUUGAAGUAUGUGACUCUCCUCACCGUUUUCGUCUUCUCAUUUUUCUGCCACUCUCUGUCCAUUAGGUUCAUAAACCAAGUGAACAUCCUCAUCAACACUCCACAGGAUUCCACGUCCAUUGUCACCCCCGAGUACGUGUACAAGCUCUUAGAGAAGGGCUUUCUCCUCAACACUGUUGGAAACAGGCUCUUCCAUGUCGGACUUCCUCUUCUGCUUUGGAUUUUUGGUCCUGUAUUGGUCUUUUUGUGUUCUGCAACAAUGGUGCCUGUGCUUUACAACCUCGACUUUGUGUUUGAGAGCGAAAAGGGGAAAUUUGAGGAUGGGAGUAUUGUAUGAAUAUCAUAGCGAGGGAAGGGAAGAAGACAAAAAGAAAGGGAAACCAUGGCAUAAUGUGGAAGUUAAUUAUGAUCACUUCUGCUUAUGUCCAGCUUUAAGUUGUAAUUGUUUUUUCUUCUUUUC